AUGACAUUGUCAAUUGCAGAAAAAUCGUAUUUAUAUGAUUCGUUAACAGCUUCGCCUUCCAUCAGACCAGAUGGCCGGAAGCCUCAUCAAUUCAGACCUAUCGAAGUAUCUACAGAUUUUUUACCAAGUUCUAAUGGUUCUUCCAGAAUUAUUUCUGGCGACGGUAGUGAGUGUAUUGUUAGUGUAAAGGCCAAAGUCAUCGAUCACACUUUGAGUGACGAAGAAUUGAUCCAAGUCGAUUUGGAUAUUGCUGGAGAGAGAACAGAUUCUCCACAGGUUGAAACUUUGAUGUCUUUAUUAAAUAAGGUCUUAAAAUCAGGGCCAGGGUUUGAGCAUUCCCGUCUUCAAUUGACUGAAAGGUAUAGCUUUAAAAUAUUUAUUGAUAUAUUGGUUAUUUCUUCAAAUUGCAAUCCAGCAUCACUUAUAUCAUUUGCUAUGUUUUCAGCAUUAAAUACAACUACACUACCGAAACUUAUAUCAAGUUUCGAUGAUUUGAAAGUUGAAGAAUUACCUAUGUUUGAUGAUUAUGACUUAGUAAACUUAAAAUUAAAAUCUCCAUUAGUUUUUCUUCUAGCUAUUGUUGGUAAUAAUUUAAUUGUUGAUCCAGAUGCAAAUGAGUCAGAGGUAUGUGAUAAUGCAAUAAUUGUUACAUGGUUGGAUGGGAAAAUAAGAAGCCCAAUAAGAACCUUAACAUUGAAUAAUUCUUACUCUAAAGGUUUCGAUCCUACUUUACUUCAAAAAGGUCUUAAAUUGAUAGAAGAAAAUGCAGCUGCUGUUUUAACUGCGUUAGAAAGCUCAUAA